UACCUCAAACUUAUGAACGUCGCUGAGUGCAUCACUUGCCUCCUUCUUCCAUUUGCUUGGCCACACGUUUACGCUCCAAUCCUGCCUGCCUCUCUGAGUCACUUUGUCGAUGCGCCCGUUCCCUACAUUAUGGGAAUUAAGUUGGCUCCUGUAGCUUGUUCAAGGCCUAUAGCCAGUGCUGUUGCAUCCUCUCCAACCGUCGCUGCCGGCACUUUAGCGGCAUCAGUAUCAGCAGCAAUUGAUGCUAACCACAUGAUUUAUUCAGCCUCUGGGUCGCGCGGACCAUCAUAUUCAGCUAAUCUAGGCUACAAUGCUAAACGCCCUGCUGGUUGCAGUCCCUCUAACUCCUUAACUGCCUUUCCUGAAAAUUUUAUAGAGCCAUCAUCUUCAUCCUUCAGCCUGGCUGGCCCAAACUGCUCAUCUCGGAUGUUUACUGGUGGCGACGAUAGCGAAUAUGGUGGUGAGCUCUGUUGUCUUGAUGCGGAAGGACAAUGUCAGGAAGCGUUGGUUGAGUCGGAUAAAGAAAAGAGGGGGGAAGAUGGUGAUGAAUUUUGUGGAUAUGACGAGACUGAAGAGGAAGAAAGUGCGGAAGAUGCUAGAAUUUUGGAAAGUGUAGACAAAGACUUAGAUGUGACUGGUUCAAUAAACACAACCUCAGCCACCAUGUUUGGCGCCGAGAAUCAUCUGGCUACUUUUGGUCCGAUGCGUCAGCACAGCCUGGGAAACGAAGCUUUUGAGCUCACUUGCGAGGUGCCUUAA